CCCGCUGUGCGAGUCGUCGUUGGAGCAAAAAUGGCGUCGAGGCCCUCGGUGAAUGAAGCGUGCGUCGCUUCGUAUUGGCGGCAUGCAUGCUCCCAGGACAUGGAAGCAUCAGGCCUGGUCCCCCGGACGCUGGCUCUGAUUACGGAGCAGCCACGCAUAAACGGGAAUGGAUACCUAUUCAUGUACGGACAUGUACGGCAUCGGAUGGAGUCUGUUUGAUUGGCAUGCCCGGCAAGUCGUCACACAUGCUGCGGCCGUGCAUGUGGCCAGCUGUUCGCGCAAAAUGCCUGGCCCGCCUUGUAUCCCCGGGCGCAUUGUUUCCCGGCUUCGUCCUACCUGGUCAGUACUUCCAUGUUACUACGGCUCCAACACAAGCAGGCAUUCGCGGCAUCAGCUCUCUGGUGGCUGCAGAUUUGCCGUUGCACAGAGGAAUCAAUCCAAUGGAUCCAAUCCAAUGCAUGAUCCUGUCCUCAUCUACCUGGUACCUAGCUAGUGCCUUAGGAUCACCUCCGUCACAUCUGCUAGUCGUAGCGGUAUCCAGUGUCCAGUAGCAUUAUGGAGCUUUUCCAGGGCUUGCAAAUUUGGCUAUCGAUGACUCUCGCAAGAUUAGGUGCCUGAGCCUCCUGGACAAGCUUUGUGCUAAUUUCUAAUUUUAGGCCCCCGAGUUUGUCGGUCUGUCUGCAGGGUAGGCGGUUGUCGACAAGGGAAGAAUCAAUGAGAACAAGAUCAGUCGUGCAUAUUACUUACUGGGUCCCUGGUAUGUGCG